ACUAGCACUGCCUUGUCGCCGUACCACCUCUGAUUAUAAUAUGAGCAGCGUCUGGGCACCUGCACCUGAGCCUCCGACCAAGCUUGGUCGCCAUAGACAGCUCGCGGUUGGGGCGGGUCUUCAUGUGUCCCCAAUCCAGCUCGGCGCGAUGAGCAUUGGCGACAAAUGGCAUCGUGUCGGCAUGGGCACGAUGGACAAGGAAAGCAGCUUCAAGCUCCUCGAUGCAUAUCAUAAGGCUGGCGGAAACUUCAUUGAUACAGCCAACGUCUACCAAGAUGAAACUUCUGAGGAGUUCAUCGGCGAGUGGAUGGAAUCUCGGGGCGUUCGGGACCAGAUGGUCGUCUCCACCAAGUAUAGUCUGCUUUACAAGCGGGGAGCCAGUUUCGAAGAGAUCCCGCAGAAGACGCAAUUUGUCGGUAACAACCUCAAAUCAAUGCACGUCUCGGUCAACGAUUCGCUGCGUAAGCUGCGCACGAGCUACAUCGAUAUUUUGUACCUGCAUUUCUGGGACUACAACUGUACCGUUGAGGAGGUCAUGAACGGGCUGCACCAUCUCGUCGCGCAGGGUAAGGUCCUAUAUCUCGGCAUCUCCGACACACCCGCGUGGAUUGUCUCGAAGGCGAACAACUACGCGCGCAUGAGUGGCAAGACGCCGUUUGUGAUCUACCAGGGCGAGUGGAAUAUCAUCCAGCGCGACUUCGAGCGCGAUAUCCUGCCCAUGUGCAUCCACGAAGGCAUGGCCGUGGCGCCAUGGAACGUGCUUGUGGCCGGCAGGAUACGAACAGACGCAGAGGAGGAGCGACGGAUGCAGUCAGGCGAGGGCGGCCGCACAAUGCUACAGUUCCGAGACGGCUGGCUCAGGAACGAGACAGAACGCCGAGUUUGCAAGGCUCUGGAGAAGGUCGCCGAAGAGGUCGGGGCGAAGAACAUCACAUCAGUCGCCAUCGCGUAUCUCAUGCAGAAGGCCCCUCGCGUCUUCCCCGUCAUUGGCGGGCGUAAGAUCGAGCAUCUGCACGCCAACAUCGAGGCACUCGACAUCUCUCUCAGUCCCGAGCAGAUGAAGUUACUGACCGACACGGUGCCCUUCAACAAGGGUUUCCCAUACUCACUCUUCGGUGACGGGUCUGACUACAAUAUCGUAUACAAAGCGGCUGGGCACUGCGACAGGUGGCCUGCGCCACAGGCUAUUCGUCCGCAGAAGGCAUAGCGGCGUCGCACUCGUGAUUCGUGACGCAUUCAACGAGUGUUCGCUGUUCUCAGGGUGUAGAGCUCUCGUGCCCGCUUCGGUCGUUUUAAGUUUUUCGAAGCGCCGCUAAAUGUUUCUGCUGUGCAAAUGUACAGAUGUGAGAGUAUGGACUUGAAAGCUUGAUACGCGGAACUCCGCCGUUCCUACAUCAUGCCACGUCGAAUAUCACAAGUCAGAGUGAAAC